AUGGAUCUAACGGACAGAUUCGGCGACCUCUCGUCGCUGCUCGUAGAGCCGUCCGAUCCGAACCACCUGUCGCUGCUCUCCACUGGUGGUGGCCCGGGCGCUUCUGGUGGGUAUGAGAGGCAUGAGUCGAGUCUGAGGGCUGCUGCUGCUGGUACUUCUCCUCCUCUAGGGCUUUCCGCUGCUUCUUCUGCUUCUGCUGCUGGUGCUGGUGGUGCUGCUGGUGUUGCUGGUGCGCGGUCAGGGCUGGGUCUGCCUCCUCGCAAGGAUCCCAAGGCACGGGGAUGGCAGCAGCAGCAGCAGCAGCAGCAGCAGCAGCAGGAGUAUCAGCAUCAACAGCAGCAGACGCAUCAGCAAGAGCAGCACGUGUUUUCCCAGCAGAGACCACAGCAAGCAUCACCAGCAGCACUGCAGAGACACCAUUCCAUGCACCCGCUUCUAGCCCCAGGCGCAUCCCCCCUCACGCCCUCAGGCCUCCGCCCGCCUCCCCCUCUCACUCCCUCUCCCGCCCCCCGCAGACACGCCCGCUCCAACAGCAGCAGCAAUAUCCACAUCUCCAUCUCCCUACCGCCCUUAACCGCUCCUGACUCCUCCCAACGCCCUGCUGCUGACUCUGCUGCCGCCUCUGGCGCUCCCCUCAGGUCUCUGAUUGAGUGGAGCACGAGUGACGUGUGCUCGUGGCUCAUCCACUCUGUUGGCUUCCCAGAUGGCAGUGGGCGAGAGUACGCACAUGACUUUGAUCAGCAUCAAGUGGACGGUCUCUCACUCGUUGGCAUCACAAACUCCCACCCGGCCCUUGCUCGCAUGCGAUUGGCCGAUUAUACCCUCUUCGAAUCCCACCGCCGCCAGCUGGUUACCGCAGAGGCUGCUGCCCCUCCUGCCGCACACCACCCACCUCCACCGCUCUCAACCGUUGACUUCUCCUCCGCAUCUACCUCGUCUGCCGUAGAUUCUGCUGCAGCCGCUGGUGGUGGCAGUGCGGUGCUCUGCGGCGGUGCUGUGAACGGCAGGGUUGGAGUGGGUGCAGUGCGGUGCGGCUCCGACCCCACUGUUCUCCUGCAUCACUUACCCAAGCAACACUCAGUUAAAAGCCGACAUUAUGACGCCUCCUCUACUGCCAACACCCCGUCAGCUCUCAGUUGCAGGUCAUCACAGCCCUCCCAUUCUCCCUGGUCCUCUCCCUCCUCUACCUUUAUCCAACGCACCUCUAGUGGUAGUAGUUUCUGCUCCCUCCCUCCCCUCUCCUCCUCCUCGCUCAACUCUUCCUCCCACCCUUCACAUUUCCCCCACUCCAGCCAUCCCUUCCGCCACCGUCGCACCAGCAGCAUCGGCGCCUCAAUCGUAUCAGAUCUUCUGCAGAAAAGGACAAAUACCACCGGUGGGGCAGGGGAAGGCCGGCCGGCAGCAGUGCAGUCUCCUGCCGCCCGGAUAAGCAGGCAGGGGAGCGGGGUGGCCGGGGCUGUGGGGGGGUGGUUUGCUGGUUGGGGAAGCAGGCAGGAAGGACAGCAGGAGUCUGAGGAAGAGAGGGAGAGGGCACGAGAUCUGGAAGAGAAGGAAGAGAGGAGAAGACGCAGCAAGGGAGAGGAGGAAGAGGGAGAAGAGGGAGAGGAGGGAGAGGAAGAGGGGGAAGGAGAUGAGGAGGGGGAGGUGGUGGCGGCGGUGGUGGAGGAGGUGGUGUGUCUGCGAGGGGAGGUGACAGCAGCAGAGGAGAGGGAGUGCACCGUCAAAGCACAGCUGUGUCACCUGGAUGACCUGCUAAAGGAGUCUCUGCUAGUGGAGUAUCUCCCCACCAGGACGAAAUGGGCGUCCACACCGAACGACCCACCUACUCUCAAUGGCACCACCACCACGGAGGAGGACGAGUGGGUGCCGCGCUUCGUGACGCUCACGCCCACCGACAUAGCAUGCUACCUGCACGCCACCGACCUGCACCCGCAGAUCACCCUCCCCGUCGCCUCCAUCGCCUCUGCCGGCACGCUCCACAUGGCACCUGCAGCCCCGGCUGUAGCAAAGGAGACAUCAUCUGCUGUAGCAGCGGCUGGGGGGGCUGCUGUAGAAGCGCCGUCAUCAUCAUCAUCAUCAUCAUCGGAGGAGUGGCUUGCGUUCCACGUCACGACCAGCUACGGGUUCAAACUGGAGUGCGCCACUCGCAGCUGUGCCAAGCUGUGGCUGGCAACAGUGCAUGAGGCCAUUGCUAAUGCUGGCAUCAACUCUACAACUGUCGGCAGCACCAUCCCGCUCCCUCCCCCCAACCUCACCUGCUCUUGA